UGGGCUUCACUUUGCUACUAACGCUCAAGUGGGACGGAGGACGAGUCACUAUCUGCCCAGGGCGAGGGCAAGACGCGCUGCGAGCAGCCGACAAGAAGACAUUCAUGAAGCCAUAGGUACGUCUACCAUUACCCCGCACGGCGCAUUUAUACUAAUAUUUGGGCACACUGUGCAUACAUUUGCAUUUUUAUGUGCACGGAAGUUAAUAAAUUGGGCGACGGGCUUUUCUGAAAGAAAUAAUACUGGCAAAGCAGGGAAAGUGAGCCCCCGCGGAAUAAGGCAAGGCAGUCUUUAUAAGAAGGGACAGAGGCAUUUGUAUAAACGAUCAUUAGAAAAUGAACGUUGGGGAAGAGAACCUGCUGAAGUCGAUCAGCAACGACACUCUGCUGGACCUCACUCAGCGCUACGGCCAGUCCUCUUUCGGCUUCGGAGCUGGCCAUGGUGCUGGAAGUCCUGGGCGCUAUCCACUCACGCCGGCCGCCGAUUUCCUCUCCGGCCAGGCAGCCAAGUCGGCGGAGAGCGGCGGCGAGCAUACCAGCGACGACGAGGACGGCUACGACGCGCUGGAUCCCAGGAAGAGGAGUACGGGCUUCGACGACGACAAGCACCCGGGAUCCCUGUCCAAGAAGCCCAAGGAGCAGAGGUCGCUGCGGCUGAGCAUCAACGCGCGGGAACGCAGGCGGAUGCACGACCUGAACGAUGCCCUGGACGGUCUCCGCUCCGUGAUCCCUUACGCGCACAGCCCCUCCGUGAGAAAACUCUCCAAAAUCGCCACUUUGCUGCUGGCCAAGAAUUACAUACUCAUGCAAGCGCAAGCCCUGGAGGAGAUGCGGCGGCUUGUAGCCUAUUUAAACCAGGGACAGGCCAUCACGUCGCCCAUCCCAACGGCGCUGGCUCCCUUCGGACAAGCGGCCGUGUACCCCUUCACGGGCACGGCUCUGGCCACCUGCGCCGAGAAGUGCACCUCUUACUCCGGCACAUCGUCCUCCAUCUUCAAACACUGCAGCGACAAGCCUUGAUUAAGUUUCUUUCCUCGCCUUCAUCCGUCCACAUGUCAGACUCUCGAUUUAUUUAAGUAUUUGAUUGAAAAUGAGUUUCGUCCGAUCCGUAAUCAUACACUAUGAUCAAAUAAAUUCUGUCAUCCACAUAUAAUAGAUCGCAACCCAAGACAUCUUUACUAACGGCUUGAUUCGUAUUGGGAUGGAGCGUUCAAAUCGCUGUUAACCUUAAAGUUGUACUUUCUCUUUAUUUUUAUUAUAUAUUCUUUUCGUUUGCACAGUUAUUUGUAAUUCCGUGUAACAAAACCGUUUAUGUCAUGAUGUAGUGUGGAACUACAUGCUCAGUUAUAUACUGAAUGAGCGACUGGCUGGACGUGCUGGAUUUGAAAGUUUUCGGAGGUUUUCAGUUAAAUUUCCUAUAUGUAAACUAUGCAACAUUCAAAUGUGAUACAAAUCAGUGAGGCAUACAUGUUGUCAUUAACGUUGAACAGCCAUUACUAAUGAGGCGUGAUCGUCGGUUUUGCUAAUUAUGAAUGAUGUAUUUCUCAUGACUACAGUUUAGACGAUGUGGGGGGGGGAGGGAAAUGUAAUAUAUUUUUAAAAAGAUGUGUACAGGAUGUUGGCUUUGUUAUUACACACUUGAUUGUAUUGUACAACUGUGGGAAACUUGAUCAAAGUAUCGAUAUCAAGGCAUUAAUUACAAAACACUACAUUGAUAAAACAUUUGAUUGUGUUGAGACAUUGAAUUUCAUAUAUUGUUUAUAUGUCUUUAUAAUUAAAACAUAUAUAUAUUCUUCAGGAUAACGUG